AGCAGUUCAAAAGUAAAACCACGUAGCGUUGUGUACAUCGAAUUAAAUCAUAUAUUUGCUGAUUUGGGCGGAAUGGGUGAAAAGCCUUUAAGAAUACUUGCUUGCGGCGACGUCGAAGGCAGAAUCACUGCAUUAUUCAACCGGGUAAACACGAUCCAGAAAAAGAGCGGCCAGUUUGAUUUAUUGUUAUGUGUUGGUGAUUUCUUCGGCACAUCUCCAGAAGCUGAAGCUGAUUGGGAGGCAUAUAAAUCUGGAGCUAAGAAGGCUCCUAUCCAUACAUACAUCCUAGGAGCUGCAAGCCAGGAGACAGUAAAGUAUUUCUCCAACUCUGAUGGCUGUGAACUGGCCGAAAACAUCAUUUAUUUGGGUCGAAGGGGUGUUUUCACCGGGGCAUCAGGUCUCCAGAUUGCAUACGUCAGUGGUAGGGAGGCUCAGCAGGAACCAGCACCUUCAUACUGCUUCACCCCUAAAGAUCUCACAGCCCUUGUCACACCUUUGGUUUCCAACUCUAAAUUUAAGGGUGUUGACAUACUUUUGACCUCACAGUGGCCUCGAGGAGUAUGGCAAUAUAGCAACAACCCGGAAGUUGACACAAAGUGUUGUGGAGUUUCCUCCAUUGGAAAUCUGGCUGACAAGCUGAAGCCUCGCUACCAUUUUACAGGGUUGGAGGGAGUUUACUAUGAGCGACUGCCGUACAGAAACCAUUUGGUUCUUCAAGAAAAUGCCCAGCAUGUCAGUAGAUUUAUUGCACUGGCAAAAGUUAACAACCCUGGAAAGAAAAAGUACCUGUAUGCAUUUAACAUCGUCCCCAUGAAAAGUAUGGACCCGACAGAGUUGGUCAAACAGCCUCAGGAGGUCACAGAGAACCCCUACAGGAAACCCACAAAAGAUGGCAAAAAGGAGAAGUCUGCAGCUAUUGAACAGGAGGAGGAACCCGCUUCCCAGUUUUUCUUUGAUCUGGGCCAGAAGAAGCAGCAGCAUAAUCAGCGGCACCAGGGUGCUGGUAGGAAAAGACAGUCAGAAGGUGGAGAUGGAUCCUUUCAGCACAAACAGCCUCGCAGACCUCCUCAGCCUACUGGCCCAUGUUGGUUCUGUCUAGCCAGUCCAGAGGUAGAGAAACAUCUGGUCAUCAGUAUUGGGACACAUUGUUACAUGGCCCUGGCUAAAGGCUACCUUACUCCAAACCAUGUGCUGCUGCUACCUAUUGGCCAUUACCAGUCUGUGGUGGAGAUGCCUUCUGACGUAGUGGAGGAGCUGGAGAAAUACAAAAGUGCUGUCAGGAAAUUCUACAAAAGUUGCGGCCAACGCACCGUUAUGUUUGAGAGGAAUUACCGCAGCCAGCAUCUUCAGCUACAGGUUGUGCCGGUACCCAUGCAGACAUGCAGUACGGAGGACAUUAAAGAAGCCUUCAUGGUUCAGGCUCAAGAGCAGCAGAUGGAGUUAAUGGAGAUACCAGAGCACACUGAUCUCAAACAAAUUGCUCCCCCGGGAACGCCGUACUUUUAUGUGGAGCUGGACACAGGCGAGAAGCUGUUUUAUCGGAUCAAGAAGAACUUCCCAUUGCAGUUUGGCAGGGAGGUGCUGGCAAGUGAGGCGGUGCUGAACAUCCCAACACGCUCAGACUGGAGAGAGUGUAAAAGCAGCAGAGAGGAGGAAGAGGCAUUGACCCAACAAGUCCGCUCCAAAUUCCAGCCCUUCGAUUUCACCAUGAAUGACUGAUGAAUGUAUUAAAUAACAAUGCUUUUUCUCAGACACGAUCACUUACACAUUCAGAUAUGAUAGAAACCACUUGGUGGCAUGUCUGCAGUACAAAUUAUUUUUAUAUUUACUUCAUUUUAAAUUGUUAUAAGAGAUAUUUGUUAUUAUAGCUUUGACUUCAUAAACAAACAAGGGAUUUUAGGUAUUUCAAAAAGAUAGAACCUGAAGUUCUGUUUUCGCCUGGCCUAUUUUUAAAUGAAUGUUUGUUAGUAUUUGACUGUUAUUGUUAUAUACUGUAUAGCCAGCAGUAUCUGUUUUACCCAACAAUCCUUUAUUAAAAAGAUUUUUCUGUCUGUGUAUACACUGUAUGGAAAAGUCUGGACACUUUUUAAAAAAAUGUGGCUGGAAAUGUGACUAAUGUGGAAUAAACCUUUCUCUUGA